GAGAUCAUAGCCUUGGCUUUGAAAAUUCCACUUGUCUAUCUCUUCGCGCCUCAUUUGUCGACAUUCGACUUUUUAUAGCGACAAAACACGGAUUGAGGGGCGUGGUUUUGUUCGUGGGGGUGGGGGUGUUUUGACGUUGGCUUGAGCGUCGUGGUCAUUCAGUUUUCCCAACGGUCACCUGAACGCACCAUUGGUAGCCCUACAUUGUUAACGUUGAUUCUUCCAAGGCGGCGUUUUGUCCUCCGGUAAAAGACAACCGGCGACUCCUGCUCGCACUCAACCCACCCAAACAUCGUUUGACUCGGCCGUGGGACACUCCAGCUCACCGGGCCGAGCAUGAUGGGGGACGUUGCCGGCUGUGACCGUGCCCAGAAGGGAGGCUGCUGGUAGGCAUGGCGCCCCUGUGACAAGCCCCCCCCCCCCUCCAGGAAGAGCAGCAACAUGACUGUUUUCAAGCAGGAGAAUGUCGAGGAGUGUUAUGAAAUUGGAGACGAGCUGGGCAGCGGCCAGUUUGCGGUGGUCAGACGCUGCCGUCACAGGAGCACGGCUGUGGAGUACGCCGCCAAGUUCAUCAAGAAGCGGCGCAGCAAGUCCAGCCGCCGGGGGGUCACCAGGGAGGACAUCGAACGCGAGGUGGACAUCCUGAAGGAGAUCCAGCACCCCAACAUCAUCACGCUCCACGAGGUCUUUGAGAACAAGGCCGAGGUCAUCCUCAUCCUGGAGCUCGUGGCCGGAGGCGAACUCUUUGACUUCCUGGCAGAGAAGGAGUCGCUAAGCGAGGAGGAAGCCACUCAGUUCCUGAAGCAGAUCCUCGAUGGAGUCUUCUACCUGCACUCGAAACACAUCGCUCACUUUGACCUUAAGCCGGAGAACAUCAUGCUGCUCAGCCGCUCAGUGCCUCACCCGCGCAUCAAGCUCAUUGACUUUGGCCUGGCCCACAAGAUCGAUUUCGGAAAUGAUUUUAAGAACAUUUUUGGAACUCCAGAAUUUGUAGCUCCUGAGGUGGUGAACUACGAACCUCUGGGCUUGGAGGCCGACAUGUGGAGCGUUGGCGUGAUAACCUACAUUCUGCUGAGCGGCGCAUCGCCCUUCCUGGGCGACAACAAACAGGAGACGCUCGCCAACGUGUCGGCCGUGGACUACACGUUUGACGAGGAGUUCUUCAGCAGCACGAGCCUUCUGGCCAAAGACUUCAUCGCCAAGCUUCUUGUGAAAGACCCCAAAAAGAGGAUGACCAUUGAGGACAGCCUUCAGCACCCCUGGAUCAAGCCAAAAGACACACAACAAGCGCUGAGCAGAAAGGAGUCGGCUGUCAACAUGGAAAAAUUCAAGAAGUUUGCCGCUCGGCGAAAAUGGAAGCAAUCCGUACGACUGAUCUCCUUAUGCAACCGCCUGUCCCGCUCCUUCCUGUCCAGAAGCAACAUGAGUGUGGCACGCAGCGACGACACCUUGGAUGAGGAAGACUCCUUUGUGAUGAAAGCCAUCAUCCAUGCCAUAAAUGAUGACAACGUUCCCGGUCUGCAGCAUCUGCUGGGCUCGCUGAACAGCUACGACGUCAAUCAGCCCAACAAGCACGGGACCCCCCCUCUGCUGAUUGCAGCAGGCUGCGGCAACAUCCAGAUCAUCGAGGUGCUGAUGAGAAAAGGUGCGGAGAUCCAGGCCAAUGACAAGAGCGGGGCCAACGCCAUCUACUACGCAGCGAGACACGGCCACGUCGACACCCUGAAAUUCCUCCACGGCAGGAAGUGUCCUCUGGAUGUCCAAGAUAAGUCCGGAGAGACGGCCCUGCACGUGGCGGCUCGCUACGGCAACGUGGAUGUGGUGAGCUACCUCUGCAGCAUCCGGGCCAACCCGGACCUGAGUGACCGGGAGAAAGAGACCCCUCUGCACUGCGCCGCCUGGCAUGGGUACUCGGCCGUGGCCCGGGCGCUCUGCCGGGCCGGCUGCCACGUCGACUGCAAGAACCGCGAGGGCGAGAGCGCUCUGCUGACUGCUUCCGCUCGGGGCUUUGUGGACAUCGUGGAAUGUCUGGUGGAGCACGGCGCCGACCUGGAGGCCAGCGACAAGGACGGCCACACCGCCCUACACCUGGCCGUGCGAAGGUCUCAGGUGGAGGUCGUCCACUGCCUCCUCAAACACGGCUGCCAACUGGACCGGCAGGAUCGCCACGGCAACGCGCCACUGCACAUCGCCUGCAAGGACAGCAACCUGGCCAUCGUCACAGCCAUCUGUGGCGCCAGAGCCAUCCUGGAUCUCCCCAACAAGUACGGCAGGACUCCCCUCCACGUGGCCGGCGCCAAUGGCGGUCUUGAAGUGGUCCGUCACCUCUGCCUGUGUGGAGCAAACACAGACGCCGUCACCAACGACGGGAAGACUGCGGAGGACUUGGCUUCAGCUGAGCAGCACGACGCCAUCGUAGCCUUGCUGGGGAAGCUAAAAAAGGACAACCACAAGCUCGGAUACAUCCAGCAGCUGCGUCCCACACAGACGCUCCAGUCGCGGAUCAAGCUCAAGCUCUUUGGGCACUCGGCCACAGGGAAGAGCACGUUGCUGGAGUCUCUCAAGUGCGGCAUCCUACGCAGCUUCUUCAGGAGGCGCAGGACCACCCGUGGGACCGCCGCUUCGCGACAUCCCAACUCUCCCGUCCACGCCAAACCCGCCGUGUCGGUGAGCAUCUCCAACCUGUACCCGGGCUGCGAGAACGUGAGCGUGCGGAGUCGCAGCAUGAUGUUCGAGCCCAGCCUGACCAAAGGAGUCCUGGAGGUCUUCUCGCCCGUGCACAGCGCUCUGUCCGCCGCCGACGACCAGGCCACCAGAGCCGUGGACAUCCAGCACGCCAACAUCCACGGUGUGGGCGAUUUUAGCACGUGGGAGUUUUCGGGGAACCCGGUCUACUACUGCUCGUACGACUACUUUGCGGCCAACGACGUCACGGCCGUCCACCUGGUCCUGUUCAACCUGGAGGAACCGUACGAGACCCAGCUGAGCCACAUCACCUACUGGCUCAACCUGCUCAAGGCCCUCACGCUGCCCCGCCAAGACAUCGUUUUCGGAGGCCGGAUCCAGCGGCCUCUGGCGGUGGUCCUGGUGGCCACCCACGCCGACCUGGCCGACGUUCCCAGAUGUUUCUCCGGGGAGUUCAGCUACAGCAAAGAGAGAGGGCUCCUCAAGGAAAUCAGGAACAGGUUUGGAAACGACUUGCAGAUCAGCGACAAGGUGUUUGUGAUGGAUGCCGGCGCCUCAAACUCCAAAGACAUGAAGCUGUUUCGGAAUCAUCUCCAGGAACUCCGCUCCCAAAUCAUCUCCAGCUGCGAUUCCAUGACCCUGCUGUCGGAGCGCCUGCUGGCUGCGCUUCCCGCCUGGAGGAAGCAGAGCGGCCCCAACCAGCUGAUGUCGUGGCAGCAGUUUGUCAGCGACGUCCAGGAUCAGAUCAACCCGCUGGUCAGCCAGGAGCAUCUAAGGAGCCUGGCCCUGCAGCUCCACAGCAUGGGAGAGAUCAACAUCAUGCAGAGCGAGACGGUGCAGGACGUGGUCCUGCUGGAGCCCCGCUGGCUCUGCAGCAACGUCCUGGGCCGCCUGCUGUCGGUGGAGACGCCCAAGGCCAUCCACCACUACAGGGGGCGCUACAGGCUGGAGGAGGUGCAGGCGUUGGCUCCCGAGAGCGACCUGGAGGAGCUGCUGCAGAUCCUGGACGCCAUGGACGUCUGCGCCCGCGACACCACCAACCCCGCCAUGGUGGACGUCCCCGCCCUCAUCAAGACCAACGGCCUCCAGCGAUCGUGGACCGAAGAGGAGGACGAGGACUCCAUGAUCUACGGGGGGGUCCGGCUGGUCCCUGCCGAGCACCUCACCGCCUUCCCCUGCGGAAUGUUCCACAAGCUGCAGGUGAACCUGUGUCGCUGGAGCCACCAGCAGAAGCCCGACGAGGACGACGACGGAGAGGAUGGAGACGGGGACAUCUUCCUGUGGACCAACGGGGCCAAGGUGAGCCAGGGAGGCGUGGAGGCGGUGAUCCUGCUGGUCAACCAUGGCCAGGGGGUGGAGAUCCAAGUGCGGGGUCACGACACGCAGCGGGCCAAGUGCUACACCCUGUUGGACACCGUCUGUAGCAUCACGGAGAACCUGCUGACCUCCACGCUCCCCGGACUGCUCACCGCCAAGUACUACCUGAGCCCCCAGCAGCUGCGCGAGCACCACGCCCCCAUCAUGGUGUACCAACCCAAAGACUUCCUGCGGGCGCAAGUCCAGCGGGAAACCUCGCUCACCAACACCAUGGGCGGCUACCGCGAGAGCUUCAGCAGCAUCCUGGCCUUCGGCUGCGCCGAGGUCUACCAGCGGGGCGUCCUGGGACCCAAUGUCCACAUCUCUGACGUGUCCUUGCUGGUCCGCAGGAAGCUGUGCCGCAUGCUGGACCCCCCUGACGCCCUGGGGAAGGACUGGUGCCUGCUGGCCAUGAACCUCGGCCUCACCGACCUUGUGGCCAAGCACAGCAACGGGACGCCCAAUGGCGCCCCCGAGGGACCGCCGGACCCCCGGCACGCUGGCCCGCAGCCCAGCCCCACGGCAGCGCUCCUGCGGGAGUGGAGCGGUCGGCCCGGCAGCACGGUGGGCGUCCUCAUGCUCAAGCUCAGGGAGCUGGGACGCCGGGACGCCGCUGACUUCCUCCUCAAGGCGUCGCCCGUGUUCAGGGUCAACACGGAGGGGUUGGGCGGGGGAGCCGCCGACGGGUACCCGCCCGCCUGCAACGGGGGCACGUCGUACAACUCCAUCAGCUCCGUCAUUUCCCGCUGACGCCCUUUGAAUGCCCCCCCCCCCCCCCCCCCCCUCAUCAAAAGAGUCUGGUUAUGUUUUGUGCUGCUCUUUCAACGUCUCACACUUUUUACUCGACACCUUCUCAACCCCCCGCCUUGCCCCCGCCCCCUCCACAUGACAUCAUCUCGGCCUUUAAUCACACGAGAGCAUUUAAUCCGAGUGCCUUUGAGGCUCCGCCACCUCCCCCGAGCACAAACGCUCCACAUGACAACAGAGCGCUGCCUUCAGUUUUUCAACCCAAAAGAACUCGUGUUGGUCGUCAGGGUUCACGUUGAUUGGUGCAAUCAUAGGCCCCGCCCCCUUUUCAAUAUCAACUCUCCAAAGUAAGUACAGCUCUCUUUCUAAAACAACUUGGAUUCUCUCCUCCCUCAGGAAACGCACGUCCCGCUAACAUGACGUGUUAGCAUGCUAGCAGCAUUUACCGUAAAUGCGCUAAUUAGUUACCCAAAACACAAAAGAUGGCGGGGCGUUCGUUGGACAGCGGCUGUGCUGCAAUCUCAUUAUGGUAAACAACGUCUGCUUUUUUUAAAACUUCAGUAAUCAUCUGGAGUGCAUGAAAAUGCGGGAAAGCUAACGUCGCCCUCGGUUGGGGGGGGUUGCCUCCGGCCACAGCUGACUCCCGGAGCGGAAAGGAGAGGGUUAAAUUGGAGCGUUUAUGGUAUCUCGCCUCAUCGAUCCAACUCUCCGAAAGUCACGCCAUCGUGGCAAAGUUUGUGAAACGCUUUGGAAUCUUUUUUCCACGCUGCUAAAAGAAGAACCUCUACGUAUGAACUCAAUCGUCUCCGUGCUUCGUCCGCGCCAAACGCAACGCCAAACGCUGCUUUUAAACGUGUGAAAGUACCGUUUCCUGUGUCAAGGUGCGCUACUUCCUGUCCGCCUUUUCCACCUCCUGUGUUGGACGCCGCUUUUUGCUCACUUUUAAUGCCAACGAGGCACAUUGAAUGUAUCACAGAAUCACACAUUGGUCUUUCACUGAGGCUCUUUUUUUUGGGGGGGGGGGGGGGGGGGUGUCUGUGUGUGUGUGUGUGUGUGUGUGUGUGUGUGUGUGUGUGUGCGUGCAUGUGCAUUGCCAAAUGCCCCCCCACCCCCAGUUAGAAUUAUUGCCUUGUGAAGUUAAAGGGAAGCUUAUCAGAUGAUUUUAUUGUUUAUUUGAAAGGCCGACCCCCCCCCCAAAACAGGAUGGACCCCAACUAAGUGGACUUCAACACCUUUUUACCUUCUUUUUGUUUUUGUACCAAAACGUGUCUCUUAUUUAUCUUCCUUUCCUCCAGCAUGUUCUUCGUACUUUAUAGUGGAAUACCUUUUUAUAAUAAAGUUUUUACCUAA